AGAACCGUCUCUGUCCAAUGGAAAAAUCUGCAAGGGUCUCAACUUCGCUUUAUCUGGUGGAGAAGUCUUUGCUUCAGUGGAGCUUUCCUUCCUGGGCCAUUGCAUUGUUAAUUUGGACGGCUCUUUAGAGAAGACCAGCAAAAAACUUCAACUAAUACGACUUCCGACAACUCCGUCAGACCGUCACGACACUACUCUGCACCUCUUGUUUCUAUUUUGUGUUGCUUCUUCUCUCCAUAAAGCCUGGCAAAGCUCCUGCCUGUUAUCUCAACGAAAAGAAAACUAGCCAUGUUUGGACCUAAGCCGAUGGAUUCAGUCAGUUGGGUGCUACUUGUCUUUCUUGCAGUGCUUUCCGCACUAGCAAUCACCUCCUGUGCCCAUGGUGACGGUAACCUCACCAUCCGAUGCCAUCCUGACCAGGCUGCAAGCCUCCUCCAGCUAAAGAAAUCCUUCUCAUUCUUCCGUUACCCUAGCGCCCUUGCGUCAUGGCAGGAUGGUACCGACUGUUGUCUUUGGGAAGGCAUCAGCUGUAGCAGUUCCUCAGGCCAUGUCACUGCUUUGGAACUCAGUGGACUUGGCUUGUACAGUCCAGGUCUUGACCCUGCAAUCUUCGAGCUUACCUCGCUCCAACGACUAGACCUUAGCAUGAAUAGUUUUGGAGGGCAGAGUAUCCCGACAAGUGGGUUUGAGAGGCUCUCCUUGCUCACCCACCUCAACCUCUCCAAUUCGGCCUUCAGUGGCCAGAUUCCUAUUGGCAUCGGCAGACUUGCCAACCUUAUCUCCUUGCAUCUUUCUGGUCUACUAGAAAAUAUGCACAGUUACAAUCCUCUGUACGGUGAUGAUUAUAGUUGGGAUUAUAGUUUUCUCCUGCUGGAGCAACCCAACUUCCGGAUCCUAGUGGCUAACCUCAAUAGUCUGAGAGAGCUCCACCUUGAUAACGUGGAUAUGUCUAGCAGCAGAGAUUGGUGUCAUACUCUUGCUAAAUCCCUGCCUGAUCUCCGAGUUCUUAGCUUGAGCUACUGUAAUCUCGUCGGUCCUAUUUGUCCGUCCCUCUCAACCCUUCAUUCCCUAACUGUGAUCAACCUCAAAGGCAACUUUAGUACAUCGCCUGCUCCAUUUCCAGUAUUUUUCAUGGAUUUUCUCAAUUUAAGUGUGCUCAACCUUGCGGAAACAAAUCUCCAAAGAUUGUUCCCUCGUAGAACCUUUAGAUCAAAAACUCUACGGGUUCUUGAUUUAUCCGGGAAUCGGGAUCUCUCUGGGCAUGUGCCUAACAUGCCCAACACAAGUUUUGUAGAGGCAAUGAUGCUAGAUGGGACCAAUUUCUCCUUUGCAAAACCAGGCUCUCUUGGCAAUUUCAAGUAUUUGACAAUGUUAAGCCUUGAUGUGAAUUUCGUUAGUUUGGAGUCUCAAUCUUCACUUGGUAUAUUCGGGUCUGUUGAGAAUUUGGAACUCUCUCAGAUGGACUCUACAAGAGAUUCAGGGCCCAUUUUGUCAUGGAUCUUCUCUCCGGCAUCAAUGUCUUCAGUUGCCAAACUCAAGAGUUUGAGAAGCCUGACACUCAUUGACUGCAGCUUCACUAGGCCAGUUCUAUUUGCUAAUCUACUAGGCUUGACAAGCUUGGAGAUCUCUCGUUGCAGCUUUAAUGGUCCAAUGCCAUCAACAAUUGGCAACCUGACCAACUUGAAAAGCUUGAUUAUCGAUGAAUUCUCAGGGACAAUACCAUCUUUAAUUGGAAAUCUCAUGAACCUGAGAAGCUUGGUAAUAAAUUAUUGUUUCAGUGAUUUAGGACCAAUGCUAUCUGCACUAGGCAAUUUAAGUAAUUUGGAGAGUUUGGAAAUAACCUCCUCUGAGUUUUCUGGAUCAAUACCUUCCGAAGUUGGGCUACUCAAGAAGUUAACUUCACUACUGAUUGUAGGGUGUGGCUGUUCUGGGACCAUACCAAAUUCGAUAUCUAAUUUGACUCGUUUGAUUGUGUUGGACCUUUCAGAGAAUUUUCUUAAUGGGGAACUUUCAACAUCUCUUUUUACUAUUCCAACAUUGGAACGCCUAGAUAUUCAGUCAAACCAGCUCUCUGGUUCUAUACAAGAUUUCGAUGCAACUUUUUCACACAUGGUGUAUGUGGACUUAAACACAAAUCGAUUGACAGGAAAUAUUCCCACAUCAUUCCUUCAACUCAAAAGUUUGGCAUAUCUUGAUAUUGGUUGGAAUAACUUUGUGGGUUUGGUGGAUCUUUCCUCAUUUUUGAGGUUGGGAAAUCUCAUUUAUUUGAGUCUUUCCAACAACAAUUUAUCAGUCAUGGAUAUGGAUGGAGAAGGUAACAAUUUUGCGUCAACCUUUCUCCCUCGAGUUACAAAUUUAAGAUUAGCAAGUUGCUAUUUAACAAGAUUCCCAUCUUCAUUGGCACACCUUAAACAAAUGUAUUACUUGGACCUGUCAUGCAAUGGAAUCAGUGGGGCAAUUCCAAAGUGGAUAUGGGUGACAUGGAGUAGUAGUCUUACAUACUUGAAUCUUUCACACAACAUGCUCAGCAUUAUGGAACUUAAUUCAUACGUUCUCCCUUUCAAUCGGCCGCAAACUCUUGAUGUCAGUUCCAAUCAGCUCCAAGGGCAGAUACCUAUGCCAAGCCAACCAAUGGCUGUCUUGGAUUAUUCAAACAAUGGUUUUUCUUCACUACUUCCAAACUUCACUCUCUAUCUUGGCCUUGAGUUCAGAAUUUCUGAAAACAACAUUAAUGGACAUAUACCAAACUCAAUUUGUGAUGCAACUCUCCGUGUCUUCGACCUAUCAUCGAACAACUUCAAUGGGAAUAUACCUUCAUGUCUAAUAGAAGAUGGUUACAUGGCCGUGUUGAUUUUGCGGAAUAAUCAAUUUGAAGGUGUGCUGCCUAAUAAUAUCAAAGAUCAAUGUCAGCUUCAGACAUUAGACUUGAACAACAACAAGAUUGAAGGGGAUCUUCCAAUGACACUUACCAAGUGCUUGCAGCUUGAUUUCCUUGACUUCGGGAAUAAUCACAUGGUAGGUACUUUUCCAUCAUGGCUAGGGAAGCUCCCCGGACUCCGUAUCCUCAUCUUGAGAUCCAACAGAUUCUAUGGCCCCAUGGGUGGUGAUCUUCACGGAGAUGACAAAUAUGGAGAAGCCUUCUCUACCUUGCAGAUUCUUGAUCUUGCCUCGAACAAUUUCUCUGGCAAUUUAAGUCCAAAAUUGUUUGUGGGGUUGAAAUCAAUGAUGGCAGAGUACAACACCACAGGAGAAAUUGUCGGUGCUUUCAACAGGACAAAAUAUCAAGAUAUUUUGGCGAUAACAUAUAAAAGUGUCUAUAGGACAUUCGAUAAGAUCUUGACAACUUUGACGUUAAUUGACCUGUCAGAUAAUGCAUUUGAUGGUACCAUUCCUGAAUCGCUUGGGUGGCUUAUUUCACUACUUGUUUAUGUCAUGUCCGGGAAUGCCUUCACCGGUGUUAUUCCGUGAGAAUUUGGUGGGAUGACUCUACUAGAAUCACUAGACCUGUCUCAGAACCAGAUUUCUGGUGAUAUUCCACAGUCUCUAACAAAUCUCAGUUUUCUUGGUAUCUUGAAGUUGAACAAUAAUCUGUUGGUAGGAAGGAUACCUAAGUCAGGACAAUUUUCAACGUUCCAAAACAGUUCAUUUGAAGGGAAUCUGGGGCUGUGCGGACCACCAUUGUCCAAUCCAUGUGGCAUUUCCCCUGCUGCUCCAAGACUAGUGCAGGUGGAUGAUUCGUCUCGUGUUGAUGUGCUCUUGUUUCUCUUCACCGGGCUUGGCUUUGGUGUCGGAUCCGCAGCGGCCAUUCUGGUGAGAUGGUGUCGGGUCAGCGAAUUGUUUGUUAAAUCUGCAAGAGCUCUGUGGACCUGA